UGUUUGCCUAUUACUAUUUGUACACACAUUGUGACGGAACAAGUAUGUCGCCUGGUGUGAUAUGAACUGUGACCCACCACCUGCCUUCCUCUUUUCUUUCAUGUCACUUUCUCUUGCCACACCAUGAAGACUGCUCCUAUCGUUGCAUCGUCUGAAAAGAAGGGCCACAUAUGCCCUCCAUCCAAUGCCGCACAUCCCAGAGACCGCUGGGAGUCCCUUUUCGUAUAUGGCUUCAUCUGCAAAUUCACGCAAUUGCGAAAUAAAGUGGAGGGGUUGGAAACACCUAUGGAUUUUGAGGAGGCGUUGCUUUUCCCGGAGGCGCACCCUGUGAUAACACAGAUCCUUGCACGUUUUGUGUUGAAUCUACGGCCACAAACGCGUAACUUGAGUUCGGACGUGAUAUCCUCUACUGUCGCCUCUUUGCUCCAGGAGUACUUCAAGUCUUCUGAAAGAACUGUAUUCUGGAACGAUGAAUUGAAAAUGAACGAGGAUCCAUUUCAUAGUCUUCCAAAUGGGUUUUGGAGUGCGGACUGGGACCUCAAGCUCAGAAUACUUCGUCAACUGGUCGAAUUGCAGCUUUGUCAUAGUGCGGAGGUCAAGGCUCUCAUCGACCGCGCAUGGGGCGUUAUUCACAACAAACACAAGAAGCAUGAAACCACGUCUGCGCCCCCUCCUCCAAACGACCCUCACAGUAUGGAGAACCUUCAACUCAUACCUCUAGGCCAGGACAAGGAGCGGAAACGUUAUUGGGUUAUCGAUGAUUCACCGCGUGUAUACAUAUCUACGAACCCAUGGAAGAUGACCGCGACAUUCCAAACCAUAUCUUCAACCAGGGACGAAUAUCUCGCCAUCAUUGACAAAGUCAAGGAUAGCUCGCCUGGAGAAUAUACGCCUGGUGCACGCUGGUCAAAGUUGGACGCAGCCCAUCUGGCACUUAUCCAGGCUUUAGAAGACCGGUUACCUGCCAUAGAUGCUGAGAUUGCGCGAAUACAACGGGCAAAAAAGAAGAUAGAGCAACGGCAGUUGCUUAUCGCGCAAGCAGACCUCCGUGAGACGAGGACACGACGCCGCACUACCCGACCCGACUAUGCCUACAUGAAUGGUCCAGAUUCAGAGGAGGACAAUGACGAGUAUGUUCAGGAGGAGUAUGAAGAGCAGGAUGAAUUUGAUGAUGACGAUUUUCUCAAUUUCCGAACGGACGAGCCUUCCGGCAGUCGACGAACUGCCACCGGUAGGCGUCGUUCGACGCGAUCUAGGCCAAAUGGCGAUGCAGGAGACGACCAGGAGUGGAGCGAAUGGCGAGGAGAACGUCGUUCUACUCGACUAGGAGCUCCCUCCGACAUGCAACUGGACGGCCCGCCUCCCCCGAAAAGGGCACGCACGGUGGACAGCAUCGUCAGCGCAACUUCUGUAGACGCGUCUCAACAGAGUAAUAGCAGCAGUUUAAAAAUCAAGAUCAACGGUGCUGCUGCGAUCAAGCCAACGGAGACCAUAGUUGAGGCGGUUGCAGGCAAGAAGAAGAGCAAGUUCUGGUUUUAUGCUGUUGAGCCGAUCAAUCCUCCAUCGCAACCUGUACCCCAGGCGAUGCCUUCACGAUCAUCGAACGGAACAGGACCUUCUCACUCAAAUGGCUACCAUAGUGGUGCGGAGCAGAUGACAGAAGACACGGACAAUCCACCAUCGACGAAUGGAGAUCCAUACGAAAAGAGUUUAGAAGGAAGUCUGUCACCGACCUCAAGCAUGGACGAAUCAUGAUCUAGAGUUUCUGGUUUUGCUUAUCUCUUGACAUACCUUUUAUCUUCCUCUUGCUUUUCACAUCAUCGCAUCGCAUCGUACCAGCAUAUCUCACAUUCCUUCCUGUUUGCAACUACGAGCUAUUGUAUUUGAUUGCCAAUAAUUCUAUCAAGGCGUGUCAUCGUGACGAACUAUAGAAUGAAUCACGUAAUUCGUUGGCUUCUGUGGGGCAGACUUAGCCACAUGUUUCUGUGGGGCAUGACAAUUAUUUAAAAG